AUGACGGAAUCCGUCCGAUCAAUUCACUCCCUCGUGAAGAAUUUCGCCCGCUUCACACCCUCGCUGACUCUCGAGUCUGACCCAAACCCACACAAUCCACCCUCCUUACCCUCCCGCUCCCCCUCCCAUCCCCCUGUCCUCUCCCUCCCCCCCCUCCCAUCCCCCUGUCCUCUCCCUCCCCCCCCUCCCAUCCCCCUGUCCUCUCCCUCCCCCCCCCUCCCAUCCCCCUGUCCUCUCCCUCCCCCCCCUCCCAUCCCCCUGUCCUCUCCCUCCCCCCCCUCCCAUCCCCCUGUCCUCUCCCUCCCCCCCCUCCCAUCCCCCUGUCCUCUCCCUCCCCCCCCUCCCAUCCCCCUGUCCUCUCCCUCCCCCCCCUCCUUCCGCGUGCCUCCCCUCUUCAUCAGUCGUGCUAUUGCAAACGAGCUAGCAUCUUUAGGCGCGCACGUGUUUGUAUGCUCACGUGGCGAGGCUGACGUGGCAGCUACAGUGGCGGAGCUACAGUCGCAGGGGUGGGCGGCGACGGGGUGGGCGUGCGAUGUCAAGGAGCCGGAGCAGCGGGAGGUGCUUAUAACGAAGGUGUCAGAGGCUUUUGGCGGGAAACUGAACCACCUGAUCAACAACGUGGGCACUAACAUUCGCAAGCCCACAGUGGAGUACUCCCUAUCCGACUUCCACCACGUGUGGGGCACCAAUUUUGAGUCCGCCUACCACCUCUGCCAACUCGCACACCCUCUGCUUAAAGCCGCUGCCAGCGCUGGUGCUACUGAUGGUACAGCCAAGGGCAAUGCGAGCAUUGUGUUCAACUCGUCUGUUGCCGGGGUCGUUGCUAUUCGGUCAGGCACUCUCUACGGCGCCACUAAGGCCGCUAUGAACCAGCUCACCAAGAACCUGGCGUGUGAAUGGGCCAAGGAUGGCAUCCGGGUGAAUGCAGUGGCGCCGUGGUACAUGGCAACAGACCUCGCCAACCAGGUGCUCAAGGACGAAGCGUUCUCUGUUGACGUCAUCAGUCGAACACCCAUGAGGAGAGUGGGUGAGCCUCAGGAAGCAGCAGCAGCUGUGGCGUUCAUGUGCCUGCCGGCUGCUUCCUAUGUGUCGGGGCAAGUGCUGGCUGUGGAUGGUGCUUUCACACUGCCAGCAAUGUCUAUCCGUCGGCAUCUCUCCUCCCUCAGCAACAGCCCCUUCCCUGCCUCUCCUCCCCCUCCCUUCUCCGUUCCCAUACUCGUCUUUGCCCCGGAGAUCACAUCACCACUGCCAUCCUCCUCCUUUCCUAAUACCACCACUUCUUUUGAAUCAGAUUUGUUUGAUUCUGCAACUCUUCUCCGAGCUCUGACCAUAUCGGCCCUUUUGGUUGUGAUUGGUGGCCUCAUCGGCCUGAUUAUUUUCCGGCUUGCUGUGGUUUGGAUCGUGUGGACGAGAACGCGCCAUGUGUCGCCCUGGCGCCUCCUCGUCACACUGCCAUUCCUCCACCCGUUUGGUCUGGACUCUGAUCAUUCAGCCUCGGCCGGACGGGCUACUUCCACUCAAUCUUCGGGAGCAGCAGAUACAAAUGCAACAGUUGAUGUGGAGACUGCUUCUACAAAUGAGGGGCAAGAAGCGUCAGCCAGGUCAGGGAAGCUGGUGAAAAAGGGAGCAAGCACCCAACAGCUAGCGCAGCUUGUUACGAACCCCAUUGCAGCAGAGCAAGAAGAGAAACAAGAGUGUAUUGUCUGCCUUUCUGAAAUGGUCGUUGAGGAAUCUGCAGUCACUCUCCCAUGUUGCAACAAAAUCCCAUUUCACCAGCAAUGCAUCACAGCAUGGCUAGCAACAGCUGGGGCGUGUCCCCUUUGCAGGAGCUCUCCGUUUCAAUGA